UCAUUCAGAUAUGCCAUAUGUGGUUUCCAAAAUCUUCUAAUUCCAAAAUGAAUUCAGAACUCGAUAUAAAAUCCUGUUAAAAAGGAAAAUCCCAUUUUUCUCCUUCAAAUAGUUGCGGGAUUCUUCUUCGGAAUCAUCGUCAGCAUCAAAAGAGGAGAUGGAGAUUGAUAAAGCUGUAAGAGAAAGUAACGAUCGAAGGCUGCAGACUAAGUACAACAACGCCGUCUAUGUAAUUCAGCGGGCUUUCGCUCUCUACGCGUUUGAGGAGGUUGCCUUCAGCUUUAAUGGAGGGAAAGAUUCCACUGUUUUGCUGCAUCUUCUUAGGGCUGGCUAUUUUUUGCAUAAUCAGAAGGCCAAUUAUUCUAGCUGCUGCCAAACAAACUGCAAACAGAAGUGUCCAAUACGGACAAUCUAUUUUGAGAGCCCUUCUGCCUUCCCUGAAAUCAACUCAUUCACUUACGAGACAGCCACUGCUUAUGAGCUGCAAAUGGAAAUCAUACGUCUAGAUUUCAAGUCUGGUCUAGAGGCUCUACUGGAGGAAAAGCCCACCAAAGCUAUUUUUCUUGGUACACGGAUCGGCGAUCCUAAUGCGGUUGGCCAAGAACAGUUCUCCCCAAGUUCACCUGGAUGGCCACCGUUCAUGAGAGUGAAUCCUAUCUUGGAUUGGUCAUACAGGGACAUAUGGGCUUUUCUUUUAACCUGCAAGCUUCGAUACUGCAGUCUUUAUGAUCAAGGAUAUACUUCCAUCGGGAGCAUACAUGACACGGUUCCGAAUGCAUUAUUAUGCACCACUAAUUCCUCUGGCAGUAAAGGGAAUUUCAGACCUGCAUAUCUGCUUCCAGAUGGAAGAAUGGAAAGGGCAGGUAGAGCUAAAAGGUUUUCUCCUGUCUGUGAAGGCUCUCCUGUUCUAAGCAAUGGCCUGAAUAAUGUGGACCCACUUUGGAGCAGCACUUCCACAGCAUCAGUCAUUGCUGUUGGUGAUGAGAUUCUGUUUGGCACAGUUGAGGACCAGCUUGGACCAGCAUUGUCAAGGAAGCUUCAUUCUAUAGGUUGGGCUGUCACACAUAUCUCAGUGGUUCGGAACAAUACGGAUUCCAUAGCUGAAGCAGUUGAACAUCAGAAGUCUACUAAUGAUAUGGUGUUUAUAUUUGGUGGAGUUGGUCCUAUGCAUUCAGAUGUUUCAGUAGCAGGUGUUGCAAAAGCCUUUGGUGUUCGCCUGGCUCCUGAUGAAGAGUUUGAAGAGCAUCUCAGGCAUCUUAUAGGGGACCAGUGCACUGGGGAUCGAAAUGAGAUGGCUCAAUUACCUGAGGGAAUGACUGAAUUGCUGCACCAUGAAAUGCUACCAGUGCCUUUGAUCAAAUGUGAAAAUGUGAUCAUUCUUUCUGCAACAAAUGUUACUGAAUUGGACAAACAGUGGAACUGUUUGCUAGAGUUAAGCAGCAAUAGUGGGCUCCUGGUUUUGAAGCAACCUUUUGUAUCGAAGCAUCUGAGUACACAACUUCCUGAUCUGAAAACUGCUCCAACUCUUUCGAAAUUGAACCUUGAAUUUCCAGAUCUUUACAUCGGGUGCUUCCGUGAAUCCAGACUUGGGCCUCUCAUUGUCACUUUGGUGGGCAAGGACCAAGCAAGGAUAGAGAUGGCUGUACGAAAACUGAGGCAAGAGUUCCAUCCAUCAGCGUUCUCCGAAGUCAAGCAGGGGUGACUCCAUUUUCAUUUUCAGCAGUACACCUCAACCGUUGACGGGGUUGUGUAGAUUAAAGAAGCUACCUGGCCAGUCAACCAUUCAAAUUCUGAUUGCUUUUGGUGUGAGAAAAGCUCGCUCCAUAUCUGAGGAGAUGAUACCUUGGGCUUGUGAUCAGAAAGAAGAAAGCGAUCCGUUUCUUCUUCAAUCACUUUGGCAAUAAUGCCUCUGUAAAUGGCAGAAAGAUUUGAAAAAUCCUCAAACUCACGGUCAUUAUUAUCAAAUGUAAACUUAAUAAAUUUAUCGAAAGCUACUGAAUCGAUACUACAUAUAUGGAUGAGGGUUUGUAGAGUCACGCAUCAUUGAUUGACCCAGCAGGGGCUGUACCUUAUCUAAUUGCAAUUAGUUAGCAACAGUUCUAACAA